GUCCAAAAAAAUGAACGCAGUUGCAGACACAAUCACCCAUUGAUUUAAUUUCCCAGAAAACAUCGGAAAAAUAAUGUUCCCUUCACGGACUCACGACAGUCGUGAGAACUGGAACAAAGGAAUCAGUACCAUACCGGUCGACAUUUUAGACACUCCCAAGGAGAUCGUUUUCUAUUUAGAUGUUUCGGGCUUGUCCAAGUCUGAUAUACAUGUUACUGUUAAAGAUGAGAAUACUCUGGUGAUCAAAAGCGGUGGGAAGUGGAAACGUGAGGAAGUAGAAGAGGAAGAGUGUAAAUACAUAAGGCUCGAGAGGAAGGCAACCCAAAAGCUUAUGAGGAAGUUCAAAUAA